AUGGCAACUCCCUAUAAUGCUACUGUAGAAUUACAGCGCCAGUUACGUUAUGUUAUAUUUUAUGAAAUUAUUGGAGUUGUUAUCAUCUUAACCAAUAGCCCAUUAAUCUAUGUCAUAUUAUCGCAACACCGAUUAAGAAAUUUACAUAAUUUAAUGAUAUGUAGCAUGAGUUUUUGCGCUAUUUUCUUUGCUUUGCUUUACUGCUUGCCUUAUAUUUUCACUAUAUUCUAUCGUGAAAGCUUAUUCUGUUCUAUUAGUGUACCUAUACGCAAUUUUUUAACCAUCGCCAUUAGCUUACAUUUAUGUAUUAUCGCUGUGGAUAAAGCUUUAAUCAUUGGCUUUCCUUUGCAUUACCCUUCUUUAUCCAAUAAGAAAUUAAUGGUUGUCUUAAUCAUGAUUAUCUGGUUGAUUGCAGUAGCUGCCGGUUUUUAUCCCCUCUUUACUUUUCGUACACGAUAUAAGAUUGAAAACAAUCUUUCUUGUGUUACCACAGUAUCAUUAGAUCAUGAAAUACCUUACCAUUGGUUUUUUUAUUCAACAUUAAUUUGUUUGCCUGUGAUAUGUAUGAUCAUUUCCUAUAGUUAUAUUUAUUGUAUUGCUAUGCAGCAAUGGAAGAAAAUACUCGAUCAUCAACUCCUUAUCAAUGAUGAUACACCAGCUCAACGAAGACGCCGUAAAAUUGGCCUCCAUUUUAAGACGGCAAUACCUUUAAUCGCGAUUACUGGCGCCUUUAUAUUAAUGCAUCUUCCUUUCUACAUUUGUAGUGCAAUUAGUUAUGCCAUGGUACCAUUAGUGACUAUGAGGCCAAUAAAUAUCGAUGACCGUCUAAGUUAUUUAAAAAUUUUAGGUAAUCUUGUUAGAGCCAUGGCUGUGUUAAAAGAGGUAGCUUAUGCCUAUCCUGCAGUCAAUCCUUUUCUCUAUGCCUAUUUCGAUAUCGCUAUACGUUCUGUGGUUGUCAAAGUAUUUACCAUUCGCCGAGAUCGAUCCUUUGCGGAUACAAGAAGAACAACUGCUGCUGCUCCUUUGAAUCCACCACAGGAAAUCGCGAUGAAACGGCGCUCCACAUUGCCUAAUGGAGAUCAAAUUCAGCGAAAUACCAUCGAUGAAGCCAUAGUAGAAUCAUGUGGACAAAAUGGCUCGUCCUAG